GAUCUAAAUAUAAAACGGUGACAAAUAGUCCAAAUAGCCCACAGUAGCAACCCAACUGUGAUGUGGGGGUGGUUGCGGCUCCAUCUCCAAAAGUCUCCUCUGUUGGAUGCGCAGCGCGUCAAGAGAAGGUCGCAGAGACGUUCCCCCGCUCAUCGCGUCGCCAUGAAGAGACAGAACGCCAGGACGCUGGCCCUCAUCGUCAGCAUCCUCACCUACCUGGUGGUCGGGGCGGCCGUCUUCGAGACCCUGGAGUCCAAGCAGGAGAAAAGUCACAAGCGGAGGCUGGACGUCAGGAAGUACGAACUCAUGCGCAAAUUGAACUUGACCAAAGCGAACUUCGAGGAGCUGGAGCUCGUCGUCUUACAGCUCAAGCCUCACAAGGCGGGGGUCCAGUGGAAAUUCGCCGGCUCCUUUUACUUCGCCAUCACUGUGAUCACAACCAUAGGUUACGGCCAUGCAGCGCCCAGCACCGACUCAGGGAAGGUGUUCUGCAUGUUCUACGCCCUUCUCGGGAUCCCCCUCACCCUCGUCAUGUUCCAGAGCCUGGGGGAGCGCAUCAACAUGUUCGUCAGAUACCUGCUGCAUCAAUCCAAGAAGUGCCUGGGAAUGCGUCAGACCGAGGUCUCCAUGGCGAACAUGGUGACGGUCGGCUUCUUCUCCUGUAUGAGCACCCUGUGUGUGGGGGCUGCAGCGUUCUCCCACUGCGAGGGAUGGAGUUUCCUGCACGCCUUCUACUACUGCUUCAUUACGCUCACCACUAUCGGCUUUGGAGAUUACGUGGCCCUGCAGAGGGACGACGCGCUGCAGAAUGACCCCCGUUACGUGGCUUUCUGCUUUGUUUACAUCCUCAUGGGCCUGACGGUGAUCGGAGCGUUCCUCAACCUUGUCGUGCUUCGCUUCCUGACCAUGAAUACCGAGGACGAGCGGCGGGACGCCAAGCAGAAGGCCCUGAUGACCGUGGGCAAGCCCAGGGGAGAGGUGACUCGUCUUUUACCACUCUCGACCUCAACUUCCUCCACAGCCGUAGCAAACAACACCACAAAGGCUAAAGAUUUAAAAGGUGCCUACACCGAGGUGCUCCAUUUCCAAACCAUAUGCUCCUGUUUGUGGUACAGAAGCAAAGAGAAGCUGCAGGACUCCAUCCCCGCCAUGGUCCCUCAGGAGAUGACGUUCUCUGAUGCCUACUUGCAGCAGAACAGUAACUGCCCUCACUACAUGGAUCCUGGAUCAUCGGGCUGCGUGUGCAGUCCCCGUCAGUGCACCAGCAUAAGCUCCAUAACAACAGGCCUACACAUUCUUUCUCCGUUCAAUUUAUUUAAAAGACGCAGCUCCGUUUAGCCUUUUAACAGCAACGGCUCGCUCCGGAGCGCGCAGAACUGCAACUAGAUGUGCGUGGUGCUACAAUCCUGGUAUUCCAAGAGUAUAAUGCGCAAGAAAACAAAUAACUAAAAGCAAAAUGCACACACAGCAAAGUCUUGAUCAGAUACGUGGCGGAGAAAGAACAGCCAGCAGGAUUUUCUUGUCGAGGCUCCGUGUGAGCUCAGAGGAGCCCGGUCCAACCUGUUCGAAGUCCUGUGGAUCACGGCCCAUGAACACAAAGCAGUGCGUAUUGUGCACAAGAGGUAAAGGCGUAGCAGCUGCUCGGCCGGUGAAGUCAACAGAGUGAGAUGAGAGUGAAACGAAGAGAUACAAGAACUCAAUCUAUUUUCCGUCCUGGCCCAAACGAUGAUUUUGUGUUCUUAUCAUUGAAUUCAGCGUCGUUUUAUUUUUUUAUGUGUCCAUUUUUGUUCCUACAUCUUUUCAAAAUUAGGGGUGUUACAAAACGUCCAGCUCACAGCAUGAGACAGAUCAUAAUUUUGAUCAUGUUAUUGGCAAAAAAACGAAUCUUCAUUUUUUUUUUUUUUUCCUCUGUCACAGUAGAGUAGAAAAGUCCAGUCAAGGUUUAGACAAGUACCCAUACAGUAUUAAAGUUUUAUCUCAGUCUGAGGUGAUCCUAAUGUGAACAAGAGAAGAACAAAUACCAUCCUGACUCAUGAGAGAAAUUGCGAACGAGCCCUUGAGUAAGAAUAGGAUGCUGCAGAUCAUUAGCGGCUAACAG